GUGCCACAAGAAGCAGUGGGCUUUGUGACGGGCAGAGCGGGCAACUUUCUCCGGACCAUCGAAGAAGAAUGGGGUACUUUGAUGUUCUUCGUGGAGGUGGAAAGUUCACGAUCUCGAAGCAAGGAGUACGAAAAGCUGGCCAUCUUUGGAGAUGUCAAGGCACGGCGCGGUGCCGAGCUCAAGGUGCUGAGUGCCGUGGAAACCAAAGUGCCGGGCUACUUUGAGAAAAUUCGAGAGGAGGUCGUUUCACGUGACAAAGGUUGCGACUAUGAAGACGGCACUUGGGGCACUGACUCUCUGUUUCAAACAUCAGAUGUCAGCAGCAUAUCGCAGAUGUUGCUGUCAUUGCGAACUCGGUUCCAUGGUUCUAUGGUUCCAUGGGCGAUCGCUGAGGAUACCAUGCAAUUCCAAGAUGACGAACUGUCUUAUGCCCUGGGGAAGCAGGUGAUGGGCACCAGCUUGGAGGGUGAUGCUUUGCUCACUUUGCGCUCAUUAGUUUUUGCUGACUCUUGCAGAGAUUUCAGAGAUUUCCCAGCUGGUACCCAUGAAAUGUAA